AUGGGGAAGUCUACAUCACUGAAGGUUGUCUCAACGACUGCCAACAAGGCGGGCGGGUCCACACCCAAAUCGGUUUCUGUCGCCAAAAAGAGCGAUAAGAAAAGCUUGGAAAAUGCAUCUGCAGUUGAUUUACGUCAACCUAAGGACAGGGAUCCUAGUGUCAAUAAUGAUUCGGAGAUUCAAGAGCUGAUCGCAUCUCUUCCACCUCUGAUCGACUUUGGGUUAUCUACUCACGAAUUGAUUGCUAUCGGCUACGACUAUAAUUCAACUAAGAUUUCGUUUGGCAACUCCAUUUUCAAUCAAUGGAUGGAAGAUCAUAAUGAUCGGUGGACUCAAGCGCUCCCAAGGUUUGACAGCCCGUUCAAGGACCUCUACGCUAACUAUUCAGUUGAAGUCAGGGUUAACAUGCUAUUCGCUCAAUAUGCGAACGAUUGGAGGCGAGUGUUGAAAUUCCUAAUUUCGCUUUUUGACGAUGACGCUUUGGGAAAGGUGGAAAAAAAUACAGAAUACACAUGGGGAGUGAGAGCAAUUGCAUUGCAAGUCGCCCAGCAGAUUCCGUUUUCCUUUUUCGAUUUUGGCCUUGUGAACGAUUCCAAAGUGCCACAAGAAGAUCUUUAUUUUUUGAGGGACGAUCGGUCGAACCCCGCUCUACGAAAUGAGACUCCUCUGGUGCAGUUUUGGCUGAUGUGCGCUUCCAUAUUCGAUCACCCAUGGACGAUGCUGUUUGACGAAUUUCUCGAGGAAUUUCCAAUCCCUUGCAUUCAAGAAAUAAAAUUGAAGGUGAUUGAGGGAUUUCCCAAUGACGAAACUAGUAAGGUGGACAUCCACAAGGGGGUCAAAAAGAUAUUUGAUCCAGAUUACGAAGAUUCUGAGGAGGAAGACGACCCGAUGGGCGACGAGGAUACUGGCCUUGUCAAUAAGUUCGGCCAACCCGAUGGGUGGGACUCUGACGAGACAGUUGAUGACAACCCCAACAACAGAAGGCACGAUAUGGACAUAGACGGCGAAUUUGAUUCUGGCGACAAUCGCAUCCACGACGACGAUGAUGACAAGGACGAGGUGGGGGAGGAAGACGAGGAUACUGACGAAUCGACCAAGGAUUCGGUCAUUCUCGUGGAAAAUUCUUACAAAACUACGGAUACUGAAAAUGAAGAAGACACCAACUACAUAGGCCUGAAUACGGAUGAGGUAGUUUCCGAACUUACCGGUGUUACUGGUGAAGACAAGGAUCCUGAAUUGGCUUCCCCGCCGAGGAAGAAGGGACGGUCCCACAGGGUUUUGGUGGUCGCUCCGUCUACAGAAAUGGAUGUGGACGGGAGCUCCUUGAGUGAAACCGGGGCUAAACGUACACAUUCACCGUGUGCUUCACAAUCAACCACACCAACCGCACAAAAAACGGACACCACUUCGACGAAGCAAAGCUCUAAGGCCAAACGCAGACUCCAACGCAGCCUGACAUUGGAAGAACGCCUAGAUGGGCUGCGACAAGUCAACUUGGACGGCAUGAUCGGUCAGGCUAUCCUGGUUGAACUGGGAAUGGCUUACAGCUAUCAAGGUCAACAAGGGGGGAAUACGACCCAUGCCUCUAUUAUCUUGAACCAUAUUCUGGAUACGCUGGCAGACGUCCUAAAGAACGCGGAGGAGACGAUUCGCUUUCUUCCCUUGUCUGACAGCGCUUACAAGAAGUCUAAGCAGUGGAUCCGAACGGAAGCGGAUCUUCGACGGCUGAUUCCCGAUUACCGGAGCUUGUCCAAGUAUCUGGACAUGUCUUUCGGCAACAUGUCAUAUGCCUCGACUUCUAAUAAGCCAGGCGAAAAGAAGCUUCGAACAAGGAUGAGAGUGGGUUUUGAGGUUGAGGUGGCGGCAGGAACGAUUCGCCAAUAUCUACACGGCGAAUUGCGUCCGCAAGGGUAUGGAGCGGGAUGCUAUGAAUCGGUUCUACAGUUUGGCGAUAUCAAAAAAAUUGGGGCUCUGUGCUUCUAUCCACAGGAAUUAACAUCAGGGCUAUGGAGAAAGAAUUAA